AUCUAUUUGCCCCUUUCAAUUUUCGUUAUAUUUGGAAUUACAUUCAGUUAUUACCAUACAUUUAAUUCUAUUCCAGGAUUGAUUCCCAAGUUCAAGGCCCUCUCCUUAUGGUCUUCCAAACCUUCGAAGUUCUGGUCUUCAUUCGCUCCACUGCUAGCAGCUGCUGCGCCAAAAUGCUCUCCGCCAGAACGUCCUCCACGAAACGCAGUUGCACAAAAUCGAUUCUAUGAUAGUCACUGGAAACUUCGAUCAGGGGAAUCAUGGUUGAUAGAUGAAUUCUCGUUUCCGAACCUAUUGAACAUGAACGACUCGGACCUUGAGUCUAUGCACGACUCUCAUUCGCUGUUCGUAGACCUUCUGACCAUCAAAGCGCCCAACCUCGAAUAUGAAAAGGGAACCAAAGGCAUUGUGACCUCAGCAGGAGGCUCCUAUUUCCCUGUCCUGAUCAUAAGCAUCCUCAUGCUCCGACGAAGCGGCUCCACCCUGCCGAUCGAAGUCUUCCUCACCACACCCUCCGAAUACGAGCCCCUCUGCGACUCCGCCCUGCCAUCCCUAAAUGCAAAAUGCAUCAUUCUCUCAGACCUCCUCAUCGACACUCCACAUACUUUUACCAUCAAAACCUACCAGCUGAAAAUCUUCGCCAUGCUCUUCUCCUCCUUCGAAGAUCUCCUAUUCCUCGACGCAGAUAACUUCCCUAUCUAUCCACCUGAAGACCUAUUCCUUACCGAACCAUUUACAACACAUCAUCUGGUCCUCUGGCCCGAUUACUGGACUUCCACUGCCUCCCCUUACUUCUCUACUAUUACGGGCCUCGAUCCCGCUAUCAUCCGCACACGGCCAACGAUCGAAGCAGGGCAGAUCCUCGUCUCGAAGAAACACCAUACAAAGACACUCCUCCUCGCUGCGUAUUAUAACGUAUAUAGCGAGUAUUUCUACCGCAUAAUCUCACAGGGUGGGCCGGGGGAAGGGGAUAAAGAUACGUUCGCCCCUGCCGCACUGGUGCUAAAUAGCACAUUCUACACGGUUGAGUCUCCACCUAUGAACCUUGGUAUCCGGGCGGCUGGCGGCUCGGCUGUGGUUCAAUAUGAUCCCUCCAACGCAAGGCCAUUCUUCAUCCACGCCUCCUGGUGGCCGAAACUCAACGCCCUCAAAAAGAUCGAGACAGCGAGAAAAUGGGGCAGUGAAGAGAAGAGCAGGGAAAUGUUCGGCAUGGAUGUCGAGAGGGUGGUUUGGGGACAGAUGGUGCAGGUUGCUUGUAAUAGCUGGGAGUUUGGGGAUUGGGGAGGCGGGAAUAAGAGUCUUACGGGGGUGUGUGAGCAGUCGAGGAAGUGUUUUAGGGAUGUUUUUGGG